CGCGCGGUCCUCGGAGGUGCUCGCCUCGCCCGAGCAGAGGGAGGUCACGGCGUGAAGCCGCCGCCGCCGCCGCCGCCGCUUCCGAGAGGUGCAAGCGUCGGCUCAGCCAUGUCCUACUGCCGGCAGGAAGGGAAGGACCGAAUCAUAUUUGUGACCAAAGAAGACCACGAAACUCCAAGCAACGCAGAGCUGGUGGCGGACGACCCCAAUGACCCGUACGAGGAGCACGGACUGAUACUGCCGAACGGGGACAUUAACUGGAACUGCCCGUGCCUCGGGGGCAUGGCCAGCGGCCCCUGCGGGGAGCAGUUCAAGUCGGCCUUUUCCUGCUUCCACUACAGCACGGAGGACGUCAAGGGGUCGGACUGCAUAGACCAGUUCCGGGCCAUGCAGGAAUGCAUGCAGAAAUACCCGGACCUCUAUCCCCAGGAAGACGAGGAGGAGGAGGAGGAGGAAAAGCAGCCGGCAGAACGCGCAGAAGCAGCGGCUGGCACCGAGGCCACUGCAACCAAAGAGGAGGAGGGGUCGAGUUAAUGACAGCCACGAGGCCCUGGGCUCCAGUCCUCCGCUUUAGAUAUGGACCUUCCGCAAAAUGCCUUUUUGUCACCUUCCGAGAAAGUGUCUUUUCCUCUGUUCCGUGCACUGCAAUGUACAAAGUAACUUAUUUUGACGAUCGGAGGUCUUGGUCUCUCGACACACACUGAAAAAAAAUGGGGAUUGUGUGUAUGUGCGUCGCACACAAACCCGUCAGCAAACGCAGCCGCCACUGUUGAAUUCUCAGCUUGCUCUGAAUUUUACCACUUUGAAAUAACGUGCUGAGUGUUGCCAGCAUCCAAAAAUCGUUAUCCAGGAAUGUUUCUAUGAGUGAGUUGAUUUAUUCUGAUUCAUUAUAUACCUUUGAGUGGGUUUUACACCCCUUUGGGUAACGAGACAGAAACAAAACCAUCUUGACCCUGAGUACAUGAGGGGUUACUACAUUCCUGAUACAGUUUGGUUUCCAUUUUUGCAUUGAGCUCUGGGUUUUCUAAUUUUAGAAGGUGGAGGUUUGGACCCUCCCAUUCGUCCCAUUCGUGAUCCCUUUCUCCGUGAAGAGAGACAGGCUGGGUUUUGCUGUUCUUGCUAUUCCAGACACCCCGGCUUGGGGCCUGUGUUCACGCCAGCUCCCAGUCUGGUCAGACGCAAUGUUCUUGAGAGGUGGGGACCUAAUCGCUACCAGGGGAGCAGCCCGGAGAGGAAAGGAUGUGAA